AUGACGCUACUAAAGCCGCCGCCGCCAAUGCCGCCGCGAAUACCUGCGCUGCAGCUGAGACGCUGUUCCAUUGAAGCGGACUCCGAAAGUGAGCAGGAACACGUGCCGUACACAGACGAGGACGAUGCUGCCAUCGAUGUCGAGGCCGAUGAGGAGCUCGACGCCGAGCAGCAGACCGCAAAUGUCUACGUCCGUUCAACGCCAUCUGCUGCGCCCCCGCCGCCUUCUAUUACUCUUGAGCUGCGCACAAAAAACAACAAUUGCCUGGAACGCAACGAAGGUGCAAUUACUUCUAAAUGUAACAUCUAUAAGAAAGACUUGUGUUGGGCACUUGUGGAUUGCAUCUGUCGUCCAUUCCAAAAUCCUUGUCUAAGGGAUGCCGAAAACGCGCUUAGGAUAAAGAAUUGUAAAACACCAAUUGUGCCCGUAACGGAGGAACUAUGCAAGCAUUUCAUUCCGAAGGUAUGUCUCUGGGGAAGACCCGUGAAAGCCUACUUCCCUAAGCCUCCAAAAUGCGGCUGCCCGGACAAGCCCGGUACUAUAGACGAACUAAAGUUCAAGAAUUUCUGCGAACUACAGAAAUAUUCUGCCGAAAAGAAUGAAGCUUAUGUGUCCUACAAAAAAUGCUCUUUGUUCAAAUGA